GGUACGAAGGGGAAAUAUGACAUCUUCUCUUUAUGAACAUCUUUGUUCUGUGGCACAUAAUCCGUGGUUGAGGCGGUAGUGUUGGUGUUUACGAUUUAAUUGGAGUCCGUAUUAAUCGUGGGAAAUGGCAAGCUCGAAUUCGGCUACUUUUCAGCCGGAUUCAGACGUUCACAUCUCGUAUGACGACCAGCAAAAGAUAAAUGAAUUUGCAAGACAUAAUGCAAGGCUCGAAGAUUAUAAGGAUGAACUAAAAUCAAAGCAGAACCAGCUGAAGAAUUUGGAGGAGGCGUGUGAUGAAUUGACGCUAAUGGACCCAACCGAAUUUGUUCCAUAUUUUAUGGGUGAAGUUUUCAUCAAUCAAGAUAUUGAACAAACAGAGAAAAUGUUGGAGGAAGCCAAAAACAAGAUAUUAUCAGAAACAAAGGAUUUGGAGGAUAAAUGCAGUAAUAUAAAAAACCAAAUGAGUGAACUGAAAACUUACCUUUAUGCUAAAUUUGGAAAUCACAUAAACCUUGAAGCAGAUGAUGACUGAGCCAUUCCCUCAGAGAUUGUUUGUACUUACAUUUUCUUGUUUUACACUGUCAUACGUGGUGAUAUUUGUUUCAAAAGAACACUGUGCUUCAUUUUUUGUAGUCCCUGAGUGAACUGCAAUGUAUGAUUAAACAAAAGUAUUACCUCUCA